AUGGUCGUCAUCGAAUCCAACAACCGCCACACUGCUGCCUCACGCAAGGCUCUUGAAUACCUCAAGGAACUUUCCAACACCUUGGAUGGAUGGAAUUUCUCCCAAGAAAAGGAUGGUGUCAAGUUGUACAUCAAGCCUGAAUCCAAUGGCCUUAACAUUGUUCGUGGCGAUGCAAUCCUCAAGACCGAUAAAUACACUCCUCGUGAUGUAGCAACCGUUGCCACCAGCCCUGGUUGCCGUAAGAUUUGGGAUGAAAAGUACGAGGUCUCUGAAGUCAAGGAAAUGUUUACCCAUCUUGAAUCUCUCUUCUGGGUCAAGCUCAAGGCCCCCUGGCCUGUUAGCCCCCGUGAUUUUGUCGGUGUUGCCCUUCGCGAUUUCGAUGAAGACGUGUGCUAUGUUUCCAUGUCUUCUGUUGAGGACCCUAUUGCACCCCCUGUUUCUGGGUGUGUCAGAGGCACGCUUUUGAUUUCUGGCUGGAAGGUGUACAAGGUUGACGGUGGCAUUGGCAUCACCUAUAUCACCCAAGUGGAUAUGGCUGGUAGCAUCCCAUCAUCCUUCCUCAAGAACAUCCAAUUGCAGGUUCCUUUGUGUGCUGGCAAGGUUGUUGACUAUGCUCGCAGCUAUGGCUUCCCACCUACCACUGUGGAAGCUGCCAACGUUGUCUACAAGUCUGAAGACUUUAACCAUGCCAAGCGUGAAUUCACUGCAAACGUUGAAGGUAGCGAUGGCGUUUGCCGAUGGCGCGUUUCUUCUCAAAUGUAUCCCAAUGGCGUCAAGGUCUCUGUUCCCCACGAGAUCGUUGAUACCGAUAAUAACAACAAGAUCGUUGUUGUCAAGAUUGACGGUCCUACCACCGUCAAGAUCUCCAAGGCUUAA